AUGGCACCCCAUUUAAACCAUCCUUUCCUUGCUGAACAAGUGCUCCAUGCCUUAGAACUGUCCCUCCAUAUGGGCAUCCCAAGAGUUGAAGCAGCGCAUUACAUCUCUAUCUAUGAGAAAGAUGAUCACAGAGAUGAGCAACUUCUGAGACUUGCGAAGUUAGAUUUCAACAGGGUGCAGUUGUUGCACCUGGAAGAAUUGUGCCAUCUCUCAAGGUGGUGGAAAGAGCUGGCCUCAAAUUUUCCUUAUACCAAAGACAGACUUGUGGAAUGCUACUUGUGGGCUGUGGGCACAUACUUUGAACCCCAUUACUCAGCUGCCCGCCUAAUUCAUGUUAAAAUCACUGUUCUGGUGUCGAUUUUGGAUGAUACAUUUGAUGCGUAUGGCACACUAGAUGAACUAACAACUUUUACAGAUGUUGUGCAGAGGUGGGAUAGGAGUGACAUUAAUCUGCUCCCAGAUUACAUGAAAGUCCUCUUCAGGACUUUGUUGGAUCUUUUCGAAGAACUCGACGAAAAAUUGGCAAGCCAAGGAAGAUCUUAUGCUGUUCAUCAUACAAGGGAGGCAGUAUGA